AAAAUUAUCUUUUUUCUAAAAGUAAUUAUUCCAUGAACAUUAGGUAAAAUAACAAUGAAUAAACAUCGAGAAGCUCGUAAAUUAUGGAAAAAACUACGACGAAAACAUAAAAGGCAAAUAAAUGCUACCAAACGAGAAAAAUUACUUCUUGAACAUGAAGAAAGACGAUCUAAAUCUCCUUCUUAUCAAUCAUGGCUAAAAAGCCAACAAGAGUUGGAAGAAUUUGAAGAAAAAGAAAAUGAGCGAAUUGCUAUUAAAGAAUAUAAAAAGUGGGAAGAAAGAGAACAAUGCGCAUUACAAGAAUGGGAUUUAUUACAAAAAAAAUUAGAAAAAAUAAAACAUGAUAAAGCUAAAAAAGAAUUGAUGAUUAAAAAUGAAUGGGAAAGAGAACAAAAUAAAAUUAAAGAAGAAAAUGAAAAACAAAUUGCAAAUGAAAAACUUCGUAUUGAAAUGAAUAAAAAGUUUAUGGAAGAAAUUGAAAUGUAUAUGAAUGGUUUAGGUCCUAUUCCAGAGUCUAUUAAAACUGGAACGAAUACAAGACCUGAUCAGCCACUUUGCCCUUUUUUUUCAAAAGUAGCAGCAUGUCGAUUUCGAGAUAAUUGUUCUAGGAAUCAUAGUAGACCUGGCAUAAGUGAUACUUUGUUGAUUCCUAAUUUUUAUAAAAAUUUUGAACUAAAUAUGCGCUACGAACGGGAAUUCGAUAUUGAUAUUGGAUUAGAAUGUGAUGAAAAAGAAGCUUAUCAAAAGUUUUAUGAGUUUUAUGAUGACAUAUUGCCUGAACUUAAAAGUUAUGGACAAAUUAUUGAACUUAAUGUUUGUAGAAAUCAAGAACCACAUCUUAUGGGUAAUGUAUAUAUCCAGUACAGAAGUAAACGUUAUGCUCUAAGAGCCUACAGGUCAUUAUGCGGUCGAUAUUAUGGUGGUCGUCAAAUAAUUGCUGAAUUUUGUAAUAUUCCUUCAUGGUCAGAAGCAGUAUGCGGACUUUUUUUUAGAAAAAUGUGCCCAAAAGGUAAAAAUUGUAACUAUUUACAUUUGUAUAGAAACCCUGCGUGUAAGUACCAAUCAAAACCCCAUAGAAAAUAUAAUGAUGGAUCAAGCCAUUAUGAAGACAUUAGAACAUCCAGUAGAAGAGAUCAUGGAAAACAUAAAAUGUCUAAAAACAAUGAAGAAGAAAAGAAAAAUAACUCUAGUAAGAGAAUCAAAAAUGUUAUUAGUACGUCUGAAAGGAGAAAAAAGAAUGUAACUAAAUGGGAAGAUAUACCAGAGAAAACCAGCCAAAGUUCUCAAGCUUAUAAUUGGUCUAGUGAUGAUGAUUAGAAAUUAUUUUGUGAAUACUUACUAUAAAAUUUACAUUACUUGAAGUUAACUCAAUUGAAAGAAAAGAAAAUUUGUUUUAAAGAAAAUGUUUAAUUUAUUAAUAAUAUUUGUAUAGUAUAUUUUUUAAUUUUAAAUAGAAAAAAAAACAAUGAUGUAUGGUUGAUUCUAAUGUAUGGAUCUUAAUGUUUUAAA